AUGAUGGAGGCAUCAGAGAGGAUGCCGUUGUGGGUUUUGAACUCUUCCUAUGACCAUGAGUUGCAAGAAAUGGAUGGAAAAUGUCCUUCGAUCUAUAGUGGACCACGAGAAACUGAGAAAAAAUUGAUCACUGGUCCAUGCCUCCCUCCAUGGACUGCGCCAGCCUUAUUGGCAUGGUUCUUGUGGGUGGUGAAGACUAAGAAAGUUGAUAGAGAAGAUGGAGAAGUGGAGUUGGAGGGCUUGUUGGGCGAAGGGUAUUUAGAACGAGUGAAGGAUAGGGGGUUGGUGGUGAAGGGUUGGGUGGACCAAGAGGAGAUUCUGAGGCACAGAGCUAUUGGUGGCUUUCUUAGCCAUUGCGGGUCGAACUCGGUGUUUGAGGCGGCGUUCCAUGGUGUUCCAGUCCUGGGGUGGCCGGGAGGAGGGGACCAGAGGGUGAAUGCAGAGGUGGUAGUUAGGAGGGGCCUUGGGAUUUGGGUGAAGGAGUGGAGCUGGGAGGGUGAAGAGGAGGUGGUGAUGGGGGAAGAGAUCGGUGAGCGGGUGAGGCAGCUGAUGGAGGAUGAGGGCCUGCAGGCUUCAGCAGCGAGAUUGAGGGAGGAGGCUGUGAAGGCUGUGGCUGAGGAUGGGAGCUCUGGCAAGGGGUUGGCAGAGUUCAUUCGUAUGCUAUAA